AUGGCUGCUGAGCUGCGCAAGAAGAAGUCAAAGUCUGCCGUUGCCGACGCAGACGCGGCCAUCUCCAAGAAGGAGAAGGCCACCAAGGUCACGAAGGCUACACCCAAGGCUGAGAAGCGGAAAGCCCCCGAGGAAGCAUCUCCCGUCGCCAUCAAGAAGCAGAAGGCCGACAAGGAUGCCGUCGUCAAGAAGGCCGCUGUGGCCGCUGAGGAUAAGAUUGCCGAGAAGCCCGUGAAGUCAGUUCUGAAGAAGGAGACGUCUGCUAAGGCCAAGGAGGCUGCCAAGCCCAAGAAGAAACAGGAGAAGGUCGAGGAGGAAGAAGAAGAGGCCCUCGAAAACGCCGACGCGGCUUUCGGCUCUGACGAAGAAUCUGAGCUAGACGAGCAGACUAAGGCCCUCAUGGAUACACUCGACGACGGCGAAGAAUCAGAUGAAGAUGAGAGCAAGCAAGUCAGUACUUUUAAGAAGGGCCAAGAUGUGGGCAAGAUCCCGACUCCCAAAAAGGCCCCCCAGAAACAAACCAACGGCGACUCCAAACCCGCCGGCGACAGCCAGCCCGGCGUGAUGUAUAUCGCCCGCCUGCCCCAUGGAUUCUACGAGCACGAGCUGCGUGGCUACUUCAGCCAGUUCGGCGAAAUUACCCGUUUACGCGUGGUCCGCAACAAGAAGACUGGCGCGAGCCGGCACCGCGCUUUCAUUGAGUUUGCUGACGCAGAGGUCGCCGACAUCGCCGCGCGCACCAUGGACAAGUACCUCCUAUUCGGACACAUCCUUACCUGCAAGAUCGUCCCGCCCGCGCAGGUGCACCCCGAUUUGUUCAAGGGGGCCAACAGGAGGUUUAAGGUCGUGCCGUGGAAUAAGAUGGCGGGGAGGCAGCUGGAAAGGCCGUUGAGCGAGUCUCAGUGGCAGGUGAAGGUUGCGAAGGAGGAGCAGAGGCGGGCAGCGAGGGCGGAGAAAUUGAAGGAGAUGGGGUAUGAGUUUGAAGCCCCGGCGUUGAAGGUGCCGAAGGCAAAGCCGGUGCUGGAGAAUGGAGAGGAGGAGAAGAAAGCUAUUGAGACGGCCCCUGCCCCGGCUGUGGAGGAGAAGGAGAGCAAGGAGGUUGCGAAGAGGCAGGCUGAGGAAGAGGUUGAGGAGAAGGCGCCGGCACCUAAGACCAAGAAAGUCAAGGAGGACAAGCCGGCCAAGGAGGCGGCGACCAUCUCUGCGCCGAAGAAGGGCAAGAAGAGCAAGAAGACCAAGUCAUGA